GUGAGGUGCAACAUGACUAGGCAAGCUGCUUGUGGGGAAAGGUGCAUUCCCGUGGCCUGGCUCUGCAACGGAGAGCGAGAGUGCCCCGACGGAACUGAUGAGCAGUGUGAGGAAGUAUGCGGUGGACAUCCUCAGGCCUGGCAGUGUGAUGACGGGAAAUGUAUUUCUAUUAGCUGGCUCUGUGACGGUACCGGAGACUGCUUGGAUGGCUCCGAUGAGGUUAACUGUGAGAUACCAACAGCAUGUCCUGGCCGAAAAAUCCAGUGUCCGGGAAAUUCUCGGUGCCGUGAUGCUUGGGAGCUCUGUGACAUGCAUAAGGACUGCGGCGACGGGCUUGACGAAGCACCGUGCUCCCCGAUCCAUUGCCUGGCCGGGCAGUGGCAGUGCAGGAACAAGGUGUGUGUCAUGGAUAGCUGGAAGUGCAACGGCGUCAAUGACUGCGGUGACUCCUCCGAUGAGGAAGCCUGUGCUUCCUGUCCAGAAGGCACUGUGAGGUGUGACGAAGGGAAAUGCAUCCUGGAAUCCCUGAUGUGUGACGGGGAAGCAGACUGCGCAGAUGGUACCGAUGAGCCCGCCACAUGCGGUAAAAACUGCUCUCUGGCCAACGGGGGCUGUGAGGGGCAGUGCAGGGACACAUACUGGGGAGUCCAGUGUUCGUGUGGAGCCGGGUGGCAAUUACAGCCGGACGCUCAAAGCUGUGCAGAUCUAGAUGAGUGCUCCAAGGCCUACAGUCCUUGUGGCCAGCUGUGUCACAACACACCAGGCUCUUACUCCUGUGAAUGUAUUCAAGGUCACCAGCUCUACAAUGGUACCAGUUGCCGAGUUACAGAUGAUGCUGUUAAAAUUCUUAUAGCAGCAGAUCGAGAACUUGGUGUCCUGGAUCGAAGAACAGGCAUCUACGAACCUCUUGUACCUAUAAAAUCGAGGCCUACUUCCGUUGCAUAUGAUCUUGAGAGAAGCAUGUACUUUUGGGUGGAUGGAAUCUUAAAUGUGUUUGUCCUUGGGAAGCCAAACUCGGUUCUUCUCUAUCCAGAACUUAAAACGGUGAACAGUGUCUCUUUGGACUGGUUCACGGGACAGUUGUAUUGGGCGAGCAGCUUCGCAAGGGUCAUCUGUGCUGGUUUAAGUGAUGGCAGAGGCUACGUCAAAAUCUUGGAAAAGGAUCUGGUGCCAGAGCAGCUCAUCGUGUUUCCCACAAAGAAGUCCUUGUAUUGGGUAAAUCGUGGUGAGAAAGGCAUGAGAACUAUUGAGACUGCAGGGAUGGAUGGCUCAGAUAGGAAGGUGCUCGCAGCUGUAAACAUGGAGGAGCCUGUAGGACUGACACUCGACCACGUGACCGGCAGGCUCUACUGGAUCAGUGACUAUAAAGAGUCCAUAGAGACGGUAAACGUGGACGGCAGUGGGAGGCACACCUUUCCUGAGAUCUUCUUGGAAGGUGACAAUCCAAUAGGACUAGCUGUAUUUGAGAACUCUUUCUUCUGGGCAAAUAAAAUACGGCUGUUUCGCACUUCACCCCACACCCCAAAGGAGAGAGUGGUGCUGCUGAAUGCUUCCAUAUCUGCUUUCUCUGUCCUGCACAAAUCCCAGCAGCCCAAGGGCAGAUACCCAGAAUGUGCUCCAGGCUCUUGUAGCCACUUAUGUCUCCUGUCCCCCAUCCAUCCCAAGGGAUAUAAGUGUGUUUGUCCAGAAGGAAUGUUUCUUUUACCUUCUGGUACAUGUAGUGAGUUAAAGGUGGUGUUUUCUUCUGGCAAACGUCUCUACUUGUUGAAAGUUGGUUUUAUGGGAACUGCAAUAGAGCGAACCCUGGUUCAAGAGCAUCCUAGGAACAUCUAUUUACUGGAUAUUGACUGGAAAAGAAACCUCAUCUACUGGACAAAUGCCCAGGGACGUCUGUUCUUCUCAACUGGCUAUUCGGGAGAAAAGCGAGAGAUUUGGACAGAGCGUACAGUCUGCUCAGCAAAUGUGGAUGUAUCCACUGGGGACUUGUACUGGCUGCCCUGUGACAGAAGUGCUAUUCAGAAGACCAACGUUACUGGCCCAGACACACAUACCCUUUACAGGACAGGCAGCAUUAUACUGCAUCUUCUUCUCAACUGGCCAAAGAGGGUGAUCUACUGGGUAGAGAGUGGGAAACAUUUGCAAAGUAUGACCCUUGAUGGCAAAAGCAGACAGGAAGUCUGGAUGGGCACCUGGACGGCCGACACCCAUAUGGCCUUAGACCUUGGCUCGUCUAGCAUCCUCUGGACUACCAAAGGGUCAGGGUUGCAAAGUCUGAGCCUCCUAAAAAAUAGAACAUACGCUUUGAACAAGGCCUGGAGUGACGGCAUUAUAGCGGCCCACGAGCCCUACCUGGUGACCGUGCACAGAGGAGCUCUACUGCUGUGGAACAGGAGGAUGCCGGAGCCCUUCUCCGUGUCAAAAGAGCCAGACGUAAGGAAAAUGAUCAUCCUGGCAGAGAAUCAGCAGGUUUCAGGCGAGUCUUCCUGUGUGGGGUCAUUCUCUGAACUCCACUUUACCUGCCUCUUGUCAGUGUGUUUUCAGAGGAAUCUUAUAUUGGCAGUUGUCCCGACCCACAGGUCAGCAGGCCUUCUCCUAACUUCCCUAUCCUGGAAGAGUAAGAAGCUGACACGUUUCUUAAAAUUUGCUAAAUGACCCAAGACCCCGAGCAAAUGCAUAAUAAACCUCUGGCCAUAAAGAGAUCCAUUUAAUUUGUUCUAAACCACUUUCCCAGACAGGUUUUACCAAGGAACCCCCUUCCUCCAGGCAGCAGCAUCUUGCGGAGCAUCGUGUGCAAAGCUGCUCUGGG